CUGAGGCCCACUCAUAUUUCACAGUGUUAUAAAGAGGACAUAACAUCACUUACACAGACCUUCAUGGAGUCAACUAAACCUCCUAUCAAGAAGUCUGCAACAGUGGAUCAGUCAAAUCAAAGAAUGAAAUAAAUAGAUGAUGAGAGUUAAUAGCCUGUCAAAAUGACAGAACAUCAUAACGGUAAUAUCAGCGAUGGUGGUUGUGCACAUCCGAACGGAGCUACACUUGAAUUCCCCCCCACAGAGGCGAGGACCGGACUACAUUGAAAAUGACUGAGCGAUUUGACUGUCAUUACUGCAAGGAGUCUUUGUUCGGCAAAAAGUACCUUCUGAGGGAGGAGAAUCCAUACUGUGUAAAGUGUUAUGAGAGUCUGUACUCCAACUCUUGUGAGGAAUGCAAGAAGCCCAUUGGUUGUGAUGGCAAGGACCUUUCGUACAAGGAUCGUCACUGGCAUGAAUCCUGCUUCAACUGCUUCCAGUGCAAGCGCUCAUUGGUAGACAAGCCAUUUGCUGCAAAGGAUGAACACCUCAUUUGUACUGAAUGCUACUCUAAUGAAUAUUCAUCCAAGUGCAAUGAGUGCAAGAAGACAAUCAUGCCAGGAACACGGAAGAUGGAAUAUAAGGGAAACAGCUGGCAUGAGACCUGCUUCAUCUGUGCUCGCUGCCAGCAGCCAAUUGGAACAAAAAGCUUCAUCCCCAAAGAGAACCAGAACUUUUGCGCUCCAUGUUAUGAGAAGCAGUUUGCAAUGCACUGCAUCCAGUGCAAGAAGGCCAUCACUACAGGAGGUGUCACCUACCGGGAUCAGCCCUGGCACAAGGAGUGUUUUAUUUGUACCGGAUGCAAGAAUCCAUUGUCAGGGCAACGAUUUACUUCUAGAGAUGAGUUUGCCUAUUGCCUCAACUGCUUUUGCAACUUGUAUGCCAAGAAAUGUGCUGGAUGCACUAGCCCCAUAAGCGGACUGGGAGGAACCAAAUACAUAUCCUUUGAAGAACGUCAGUGGCACAGUGAUUGCUUUAAUUGUAAGAAGUGUGCAAUCUCCUUGGUGGGUCGAGGCUUUCUUACUGAAAGGGAUGACAUCCUGUGUCCUGAAUGUGGAAAAGAUAUAUAAAAAGUCAUACAAUUAGACAAAAGCAGCAAGAUAACAUGUAUUUUUCACUUAUGAAACACAUUUCAUUUGUGCUCUGUUAAUCGAUAGAUACUUUGGUCCCUGGAUAUUUACAAGCAGUAGUUUCUUUCUGAUUAUAGUUAACAGUAAAUUGUAAUUCUCAUAACUAGUUCCGUAAACAGAAUGAAAACAGUGAAAUAAUUUCAGAAAUGAAUAAAAUAUGCAUUUGAAGAUUUGUUCAGAGUUUGGAAGUUACCAAAUAUCUUUCAUCAAUUUGUAACUUCAGGUGAGCGUUUGUCAUUUUUGAAAUGUUUUUUUCAAAGAAAGAAAAAAAAAUCCCAUCUGAACAGAUUGCGUAUGUUAGUUGAUGUCAUAUUGUUAUUAUACAGUAGUUUCUAAACAUAAUGGUGCAAGCCUAUUAUUUUAAAAUCAAUAUAUUUUCUUACAGCAUUUAUGAACAGGUGGCUUAUAUACAAUACCUUAAGCUAUCUUGUCGCUUUAAUCACAUAUUCUUUCUUAUUCAUUUUGAUGUUGGUAAAGGUUGGGAAGAUGUCUGCCCCCAGCCAGGAGCAGAUCAGUGUGAUCACUACCCCACCCUGCACAGCCAGACUGCUACUACUGCUGCUGCUCAGUGGCAGCAUACUGCCAGCACCUUCCGCAGCCUAGCACUCAGCAGCAUGUGCUGGGCUGACAGGGGUGGGGCAAGUGGCGGACUAGGGCCUCCGCCAGGCACCUCCCUCAGGCCCGGGUAAUUUGUACCCCCCCCCCCAUGUCAAUGAGUGUGAAAGGUCAAUGUGCAAGUAUACAAGUUGGAAAGCCUGUCGACAUUCUGGUCUUAGCUGGUAGGAAUAGUGAUAGGUACUGUGCAUGACAUCUCUAUAUUUAGACAAAGGGGUCUAUCCAUGAAGCAGUGAAAAGUGGAGGAGUGAGCCAGUGGAGAAGUUGCCCAUGGCAUCCAAUCAGCUGCUCCGUUUUAAUUUUUAUAGGGGAUGCAGUUAAUAUACCGGCUGUCAGGAUCCUGUUCAGGUCCAUGCCACCAACCGAGUGGGAAUAUAACCUGUGGCGAGCGAAGUGAGCCACCGGGCCAGAAGCAUGGCAAACACAACAAGCCUGCAAUGGGACUUGCUGCUGGGGUUCCGACAGACGGGAUGCUGCUGUCGCUAUAGUGACAGCCGGCAUCCCGUCUGCCGGUAAAUCAUAUGUAUUCCCUUUAUAUAUAGAAUGCACUUGAUAAAUGUUACUUAAUGCUGAUUGGUUGCCAUGGGCAACUUCUCCACUGGCUCACUUCUCCACUCUUUUCACUGCUUCAUGAAUAGACCCCAAAAUAUACAGGGUGAUUUAAGUCACAGUACACACUUU